AUGGAUACAGUAGACACAGGGGACCCCAGGGACACAGGAAACACAAGAGACACAGGGGUCACAAGGGGACACAUUGGUGACAAGGGGAAGAAAGGGACAAAAGGGACACAAGAAGACACAACGGACACAGGGGAUUCCAGGGACCCAAAGGACACAGGGGGUAAAAGGGACACAGGAGAAAGAGGGGACAAAAUUGAAGACAAGGGACAUAGCCCACUCAGUGGACGCAAAGGGACACAGGGGACACAAGGGGCAAAGGAACUUCCAAGGGACACAAGGGAUACAGACGAAAACAAGGGACACAAAGGAAAACAAAGGACACUGGAGACAUAAGAGGAAACAAGGGACAAUGGGGACAAAAGGGGCACAGAGGACAAGGGGCCACAAAGGGAUACGAGGAACAUAUGGAAAACAAGGGGACACAAGGGACACAGGGGACAAAACAGGCAGAAGGGACAUAGGGGACACUGAUAACACAGGGGACACAAGGGACACAGGUGACAAAGGGGUAACAACGGACACAAGGAGACACAAAAGACACAGGGGACACAAAGCACACAAGAGGAAACAUGGGACACAAGGGACACAAGUGGACAUAAGGGACACAGGGGGCACAAAGGGAAACAGGGACCUAAUUGAAGACCAGGGACACAGAGGCCACAGGGGACACGUGAGACAAAGGGGACACAACGGACACAGGGGACACAAUAGACAAAAGGGACACAGGGCACCCAAGGAGAUACAGGAGUCACAAGUUACAUAGGAGACUCAAGGGACACAGCAGACACAAAGGACAUAGGAGACACAGGGGCACAAGGGACACAGAGGUCACAGGGACAUAGGGGAGACAAGAGACACAGGGGACACAGGGAAACAAAAUGGAGGCAGGGGACUUAGGAGGAACAAAGGAGACGGGGAAGACAGGAGACAAUCAACUCAAGGGGACACAUGGGACACAAGGGGAAACCAGGUAUGCAGGGGUCACAAGGGACACGGGGGACACAAGUGACACAGGGGACUCUAGGGACUCAGGGGACACAGGGAACAUAAGGGACACAGGGGACACAAAAGUACAAAAGGGACACAAGGAGACACAAGCAACACAAGGGACACAGGGUACACAAGGGAUACAAGGGAUACUAGGGGACACAAGGGAGACGGGAGACUCAGUGGACACAAGGGACACAGGGGACACAAGGGCUCCAUGGGACACAAGGGACACAGGGGAGUUAUGGGACACGGGAGACUUAUGGGACACAGGAGACACAAGGGACGCAGCCGACACAAGCGACACAACCGACAUAGGGGACACAGGAAACACAGGGGACACACGGGUCGCAAUGAACAUAAGUUGACCCAAGGCACACACGGGACACAGAAGACACAAGGGUCACAGGGGACACAAAUAACAAAGGCGACCCAGGGGACACGAUGGACAUAGGAGACACAGGCGAGAGAAGACACCAAAGGGACACAGGGGUCCCUUGGGGACACAAGGGGACACAAGGGAUACAAGAGACACAUGGGGACACAGGAGACUCUGGGCACACAGGGGACAGAAAGGACGCAGGGGACACAAGGGAGACAGGAGACAAAGGGGACACAAGGGGACACAUGGAACACAGAUGACACGAGGGACACAGGAGACAAAAGGGACACAAAGGGACACAGGAGACCCCUUGCACAGAAGGAACACAAGGGACCCAGAGACAGAGGAGAUGCAAGGGACACGGGACACAAGGGAUACAGGGGACACAAGGCACACAAGAGGACACAGGGGACACAAGGGAAACACUAGUCACAAGGGACACAAGGGGACACAGGCGACAUAAUUGAAGACCAGGGACACUAGGAACACAGGGAACUCAAAGGGACACAGGGGACACAAGUGGACACAUGGGACAAAGGGGACACAACAAACACAGGGGGGGGACAAGAGACACAAGGGACACAGGGAACCCAAGGAGACACAGGGGUCACAAGGGACACAGCGGACACAAGGGACAUAGGAGACAGAGGGGACACAGGGAACACAGGGGACACAAAGGGAUAGAGGGGAAACAAGGAGACAAGAGACGCGGGGGACACGGGGAAACACAAGGGAGUCAGGGGACUCAGGGGACACAAUUGAAAACAAGGGAGACUGGAGACACAGUCAACACAAGAGGACACAGGGGAGACAAGGGGACAACAGGUACACAGGGGUCACAAGGGACAGGGGACAAAACUUGACCUAGGGGACACAAGGGACACAGAGGACAGAACUGGCACACUGGACUAUAGGGACUUAGAGGACACAAAGGAACACAGGGGACAGAAAGGUACAAAAGGGACACAAGGGAACACGGGGAACACAAAGAAACAGAAAGGUAGCAGGGGACACAAGGGGUCAUGAACGAGACAAGGGGACAUUGGGAACACAGGGAUUACAACGGACACAAUAGGGCACAUGGGACACAAGGGGACAAAAGGAACACAAGGGUACACAGGGGACACAAGGGAUACAAGGGACACAAGGGGACAAAAGCAACACAGGAGACUCAUGGCACACAUGGGACACAAGGGCUGCAUGGGACAGUGGAGACACAAGGGACACAGGGGACAAAGGAGACACAAGGGACACAAGGGGACACAUGGGACGCAGGGGACACGAGGGACACAGGGGACUUAUGGGACACAAGGAACACAGGGUACACAAGAGACAUAGGGGACACAGGGAACAAAGAGGACACCGGGAACACAUGUGUUACAAGGGACGUAAGUUGACCCAAGGCACACAGGGGAUCCAGGGGACACAAGGGACACGAUGGACACAGGGGAGAGAAGAGACCCAAGAGACACGGGGUCACUUGGGGACACAAGGGACACAAUGGGACAAAAGGGACACAAGGGGACACAGGAGACACAAGGGAUACAAGGGACGCAAGGGGACACAAGGGACACAGGAGACUCAUGGCACACAAGGGACACAAGGGACACAGGGGCUCCAUGGGACACAAGGGACACAGGGGACAGAAGGGACACAUUAGAC